GCUGGUGCGUGUGCCUAUGCUCUGCGAUGACCAUAGUGAUCUACUGGGGCUUGUUGGAUCGAGCGGCUGAACACGCUGCGAGCAUUUUGGUACGCCGUUCACAGCAGCAACUUGAUCUGCGCGGACGGGCGGGCGCACGUUGCAAACUCGCAGGGCAAGGCAAAACCACUCCCCGAUCAGCACACCUGCCCGUGCGUCGCUGGUCAUCUGAGCGCCUCGGUUCCUGUCCCUCCCAACUGCUCCUCGCUUCUCAGGGGUUUAGGUUCCUGGACGUCCUCGCACAACUAACACACAACACCGCCAACAAGCAACUCCACCAAGCUUGAAACGUCCCAUAUAAAUCUUGCAGCUCGCAACGCCAUGAACAGCAGCUAGCACAGGCGAUUCACUGAUCGACAGCUGAUUGCCUACGCGACACAUUGAUCGCUCUUGUCCAGGGACAUUCAAGUCUGCUUUGCGACACGGCCGUUGCCGUCAUGGCCACCAGGAACGCGGUGCAAGCCGUCAGGGCGGCGCUGUACCUGGCGCUCGCGCUCGCCGUGGCGAACUGCGCGUUCGCCGGCCGCGUCCUCGACGAGCAGCCUCAGCCUGCCGCUCCAGCGGAGGCUCCCCUGCCUGACGACCCGCUGCCCGCCCCCACGGACCCCCCCACCGACCCAGUGGUGGUGGCGCCAGCGGCCGGCCCAGCAGCCGCGGGCGCCGCGGGGGCUGCGACUGCCGGUGCCGCCGCGACGGGCAACGCCGCAGGAGCUGCCAGCGGUGGCGCUGCAGCUGCGAACGUCGGAGCCGCCGGCGCGGGCGCGGGUGACCACCCGCUGACGUUCUUCAUGCACGACAUCCUGGGGGGCUCGCAGCCGUCGGGGCGCAUCGUGACCGGCGUGGUGGCGAGCGCGGCGGCCAACGGGCAGCUCCCGUUCGCGCGCCCCAACACCAACAUCUUCCCGAUCCAGGGCGCGGUGCCGCUGCCGCAGGGCGCCACCAGCCUCAUCAACGGCAACAACGCCCCCUACGUCGCGGGGCUCGGCGGCACCUCCGGCGGCGGCGUCCUCGUCCAGAACAACGGCAACCCCGUCAACGGCGGCAACAAGAACAUCCCCUUCGUCAACGCCGGGGACCUCCCCUCGGGCGUCACGCUCCAGAACCUCCUCUUCGGCACCACCACCGUCAUCGACGACGAGCUCACCGAGGGCCACGAGCUCGGCGCCGGGGUCAUCGGCAGGGCGCAGGGGUUCUACGUCGCCAGCUCACAGGACGGCACCAGCAAGACCAUCGUGCUCACGGCCAUGUUCGAGGGCCCCGACGCGCCGCACGGCGACACGCUCAGCUUCUUCGGGGUCCACCGGAUGGCCGCGCCCGAGUCACACAUCGCCAUCAUCGGGGGCACAGGCAAGUACGAGAACGCCAAGGGAUUCGCCGCCAUCCAGACGCUGCACCCCGGCGACGAGCACACCACCGACGGCGUCGAGACCCUGCUCCAGUUCAACAUCCACCUCAUUUGAGCCGCUCCAUUGCAAGCUCUUGUCCUUCCGGGUUACGAUGCUUUGCAGUUUCGUGCAGCGUUUGAAUUUUCAAGUAUGCCACUUUUCUGCCAGCAUGUAUGUAAUGUGAUAGGUGCUUCGAUCGCAUCAGCAAAUUGUGAUAUUGUAUGGAGUAAAUUAAGUAUCUUUAAUAUGAAAUCUCCCAGAAAGGCAGUGAAAUGAGA